GGGUUCUAUGCCAUCACCGUCACUCACCCACCUACUGAAAGCUGCAAAUCUGAUCAUCUGAUAAGAAAGAUUGAUCAACACAUCAACUACCAAGCAUCAUCAUCAUCAUUCCCGCUUUCCCACUAUACUACCCCUCUUACAUACAUACAACUUGCAUUACCCCCCACGUACAUAUACACAUACACACACAUUACACAUAUAUACAGAAUAUACAGAUCCUAUAGCUGCACAAUCCUGCAGCUACUAGGUAGACCCUACCACCUCCCCCAUUCCACAUUAUACAUCUGCAUCUGCAUACAGAGAGACACAGAGAGUACAGACUUUAUACACGGUCAUAUCGCAUCGCAUCGCAUCUCUUCCCAGUGACACCAGAGCACAAGAAACACCAACGACCAUCACUACCCUCUUCGGCAUAACACAACCGCAACCUGCAUUACUGGGUCCCCAUUACUGGCCCCCAAAAAAGCAAAUAAAAGACCCCCAGUCUCACACUUCAGCUCCCCUCUCCAGCGCCUCGCACCGCCUCGCCUCGGGGGCUAUUCCCCACUCUCUUAAUCCCCAGCGGGCCCCAUCAGGCUGGUCAUGUUGCACCACCAGCCUAGCUGCAUAUGACAUCUCGCACCACCUACCCCAUCCCUCACCGGACCGCGAAGAAUGGGAAUGGUGCUGCUCGGCUUAACGUCCAUGGUCCCGACGACGGAUUAUCCUACUCUCUCGACACCAUCUCCCCCAGUACCGACGCCGACGACAACGAAGACGACCACCACAACGACAUCCCCGCCGACGACGACGACUCAGACGAGCGCACACGACUCACUACAGCCCCGCCAGACGAUGCGGAACGGCGCACAACAACAGAUCUAGAGACCACAUCGAGCGAGAGCCCGCGGAUGUCGAAGGCGCCGCUGCUGCUCCGGACCAGUCCGGGGAUGGGGACGGGGUCGUAUGGAGCUGCGCCCGUGGGACACUCGACGGAUGAGGACGAGGGCGAGGAGGAGGUCUUGCGGCGGAGAAACAAAAAGGCCGCGAGCAGACAUACAGUGAGCUCCUCGCGGCGGCGGAGGAGGAGGGCAAGUGGCAGUGAUGCUGGUGGGGGUGCGGAGGGCAGUGGAGCUGCGCCGAGUCCGACGUCGACGAGGAGACCGAGUAUUUCCCUCGUGGCGAGCACGGCGGCUAUGGAGGGCGUGGAGGGCUUUGGGAUGGAGAGUCGGUUUGGGGUUGGGAAGCUGCCCGUCUCGCCGGGAUCGGACCAUUCGUCGAAAGAUGGACUUGACGAGGACACCGACCCAGAUGAUCUCUUCAACGACGAGGAUCCCCCGGAUAACUCGAGGUACUCGCAAGUGAGGGCUUCGGUGUCAGCGCUGGACGAUCUGUCGCUGUCGAUCAACACGCCGCGCAUGUGGACGCUCUCGAUGCUGUUUGCAAUAAUGGGAUCGGCCACAAAUCUCUUUUUUUCUCUUAGAUACCCCAGCGUUUCCAUUACGCCCGUCAUUGCGCUCCUGCUCGUCCACCCGCUGGGUCUGAUGUGGGACACGUUUCUCAAGCGACCAGGUGACCCGGAAGUCAUAUAUAUAGAAGGUUACAGAUCCAUGUCGCCCUCGUCCGACGAUACUACCCUCGACACCGACAGCGCGGACGACUCGCAGCGGUCGACGUCGUCGUCGACUCUAGAAGGCAAAGAAUCUCGGCGGCACCGGCUACGUCUUUGGCUCGCCCAAGGCCGCUGGAACGGAAAGGAGCACAGCUGCGUCUACAUCGCCAGCAACGUCUCCUUCGGAUUCGCCUUCGCCACUGACGUGAUCGUCGAGCAAACGCACUUCUACAACCAGCCCGUCACAAUCACGUACCAAGUCCUCCUCAUCCUCUCCACCCAAAUCCUCGGCUACGCCUUCGCCGGCCUCUCCCGACGCUUCCUCGUCCGCCCCGGCGGCAUGAUCUGGCCCGGCACCCUAAUGCCAGCAGCCAUGUUCACAACCCUGCACAAAGAAGAAAACAGCAUCGCGAACGGCUGGACCAUCUCGCGAUGGAAAUUCUUCUUCGUAGUCUGGCUCUCCGCAUUCGCAUUCUACUUCCUCCCCGGCCUCCUCAUGCCCGCCCUCAGCUACUUCAGCGUCAUCACCUGGUUCUGGCCCGACAACGUCGUCGUCGCUAACCUCUUCGGUGUCUCCUCGGGCCUGGGACUGUUUCCCGUAACCUUCGAUUGGGCGCAGAUCGCUUACAUCGGAUCCCCCUUGACCACGCCGUUCUGGGCAGCUAUGAAUGUCGUCGGUGGUCUGGUGGUGGUUAUGUGGAUCAUAGCGCCUAUCUGCUAUUACAACAACGUCUUCUACUCAGCAUACAUGCCCAUCCUCUCCUCCGCCGUCUUCGACAACACCGGCAAAGUCUACGACGUCGCUCGCAUCCUCACACCAGACUUCCUCUUCGAUCGCGCAGCAUACGAAUCCUACUCCCGCGUCUUCAUGCCUAUAACCUACAUCCUCAGCUACGGCUUGCAAUUCGCCGCUCUCGCGUCCCUACUCACCCACACAGCCUGCUGGCAUGGUCGCGAUAUCGUGAGGCAGUGGAGAAACUCUUUGGAGGAGGUGAGGGGACAAGCAAAGAUUGGGUAUGAAGCCGUACCCGGGGCGCCGUUGCCGAGGGGGAGACGCGGGAGGAGGGGGAGGAGAGUUAGUAUUGAGCCGGGGGUGGAGGAUACGUUGAAUCAGGAGGAUGUGCAUAAUCGGUUGAUGAGGAGGUAUAAUGAUGCGCCGAUGUGGUGGUAUUUGGCGACGUUUGUGAGCAUGACUGCUAUUGGGAUUUUUGUGGUGGAGUACUACCCAGUCCACCUCCCCUGGUACGGCCUCCUCCUCGCCCUCUCCCUCUGCGCCCUCCUCUUCAUCCCCACCGGCAUCGUCGCCGCAAUAACCAACCAACACUCCUCCACCUACCUCAUCAACCAACUCGCCUGCGGCGCCCUCUUCCCCGGCCGUCCCGUUGCAAACAUGGUCUUCGUGACCUACGGCUACAUCUGCUCCGCGCAAGGCAUCAAAUUCUCCUCCGACCUAAAGCUAGGGCAUUAUAUGAAGAUCCCACCACGAUUGCUGUUUUCGGUACAGAUGGCGGCGACGUUGGUUAGCAGUUUGACGCAGAUUAGUGUGUUGAAUUGGAUGUUUGCUAAUGUGAAGGGGAUUUGUACUACCGAGGCUGUGAAUGGAUUCUCCUGCCCCCUAGCGCGGGUCCACUUCAACGGCUCUAUACUUUGGGGUGUCGUCGGGCCCGGCGAAUUCUUCGGCCCAAACGCCACUUACCGGCCCUUAGUAUGGUGUUUCCUCAUCGGCGCCAUCGCUCCCCUCCCUUUGUGGUGGUACAGUCGACACCUCAAAUCCAGCAUCGUGCGACACAUCAACCUUCCCGUGCUCUUCGGGUCGCUCUCCUGGAUCCCACCCGCCACUGGUCUCAAUUUCUCGGUGUGGGCGGUGGUGUGUUAUAUCUUUAAUUAUAGGAUCAGGAGGAGUGCGCCGGAGUGGUGGGCGAAAUACACGAUGACGCUUAGUGCGGCCCUCGAUUCGGGACUGGCGUUUGGGGUGGUGGUUAUCUUCUUUGGGGUGCUGUAUCCGGGGUGGGCGGAGGGGUGGGGGUGGUGGGGGACGGAGGUUUAUAAGAGGGGGUGUGAUUGGAGGGCUUGUAGUUGGUUGGGGGUGGAGGAGGGGGGGAGGUUUGGGCCGGAUAGGUGGUAGGAGUUGAAGUUGGAUUUGAAAGAGGGGAGUUGGAUUUGAAGGGGGAGAGAGAGAAGGGGGGGGCAGCAUGUUCACGUUUAUAAGAGCGCCGCGAUGCAUUGCGUUUUCGGGCAUGGAUUGGAUGGGUUGAAUGGGCGUGUUGGGAUUGGGUUUGCGUUGGGUUUAGAUUACAUAGUACUAUACAAGCGCGCAUGCAUGAUUGAUAUGAAUCGAGAAAUCUUAGUUAGAGAGACGGCGG